AUGACGCUAGAUCUUUCAGAAUAUAGCUUAUCAUCAAAGUCCUCUCCAAGGCUGAUAGCCACACCACCAUCACCGAAAACGGAAGAUCCUUGGCCUGUAGCACAUCACACAACAUCACCAAUUGCAUUAAAUGGUGAUAGUAAGAGAGUCGGUUAUUCAAAAAGUGGCAAAACGAAGAGACAUCUGGAUGACCCUCCACCACGAGAUGUUGACAGAGUCAAGAUGCACAAAACAAACAGUAACAACAGCCUCAAUCUCGAGUUACUAGAUUUAUAUCUCACAAGUGGAAAACCAAAUGACGUCAAAGAUAAUGUGUAUGGACUCACCUUGCUCUGCUGGGCAUGCCAAUGUAGAUCGUUGGAUGCAGUCAAAAAGAUAGUGCAACAAGGCAAUGUGGACAUCAACCAAAACAAUAAUGGUCCACAUCAAAUGACCGCACUACACACUGCUGCUGCUGUCAAUUUUAUUGGCGGCAUUGAUUACCUGAUUCGUCAACCGAACUUGGAUCUCGAUCAACAAGACAGGGCAGGACUCACAGCACUACACUAUGCAGCUCGCUCAAAUCAUCACGAGUCAUUGAAAGCUCUACUAGAAGCAGGGGCUCGGUUAGAUGUAACUGACAGCAAUGGGAACCUUGCUCUACAUUACGCUAUUCGUCACCAGAACCCUUCAUCAUUUAUUAUUCAACUUUUGCUGAGGAAGCGCGAAAGAAACAACCCUUCUUGGACCAACUUGAUUUGGUCAGCAGGUGAUGGCCAUUAUAGCACGAUGGAAGAAUCUAUUGCUGUGAUAAGAAAUAUUCAAGUCUUGCAUAGACUUGCCAAAGCUGGCGCAUUUAUACCCAUGGAGCAAGGUGGUUGGUGGGAAGGCGCGUAUGGCGACAAAAGAAAUGAACUCUUGGAACUGUGCGUCCGUUGGAAUAGGUUUGAUUGUUUGAGAUACCUCGUUGAAGUGGUCGGCAUCACUCAGAAAGUGGAUUACGAAUGCUGUCAACGAGCACUCCAUAGUGCAGUACAACAACGUAAGUUGGAUCUAAUCGCCUAUCUGUGCAAAGUUCCUCGAGUAUGUCCCUGUGAUUCAAAUGGCUAUAACGCAUCUCUCCUAUAUGCUGCGAAUCAUGGGUUUAUGGAAAUGAUACCAUAUCUGCUGACAGAGGAUACCUCUUCAGAUUGCAUACAGCAAGCACUUUUGUUUGCUAAAAUAAUUGGCAAAAGGAAGCAUCUAUGCGAUAUCUUUCAACACUGUACAGCUAAUACAAAGUAUUCCUUUGAAAAAACUGCUGCUAGUUCAGUAAUCAGCAUUGACGUGGUCGGAAAUGCUAUUAGUAACAUAUUCAAACAAAUAAAAGAGAAUAACGAUUAG